AUGAGCUUAAAAAUGCGUUACUCAUUAGCACAAUGGGUGUUAAUGUUACAAAUAUAUCAAAUUUUAGGUAUUAGUAGUCAGUACAUUGGGGCUCGACAGCGAAUAUUUAAUCCAACUAGAGUCCCACAGUUUCAAAGGGGAGAUCAAUCUCCUCCACCGGAUACAGAUUAUCAGGAUAAUAGAAAUGUCCAGGACAUACAUCCUUUAACUAAUAUCCACAGGAUUCGUCGGCCCGGAGUGCAUCACAAUCAUGGGUACGAACCGAGAAAACUUCACCCCUGUGAGCAGAGUUCCUGUUACCCAGCGACGGGUAAUCUACUUAUUGGAAGGGAAAGUCAAUUGUACGCGUCUUCGACGUGUGGCUUGCACGGCCAGCAAAGAUAUUGCAUAGUGUCGCAUUUAGAUGCAGAAAGGAAAAAAUGCUUCUGGUGCGAUUCUAGGCCUUCUGCUAAGCCGAAUCCACUGUUGAACCACAACAUCAGCAACAUUGUUUACAGACUGUUUCCUGGAACUCGUCAAAAAUCAUGGUGGCAAUCGGAAAACGGCAAGGAAAAUGUCUACAUCCAGCUAGAUCUUGAGGCGGAAUUUCAUUUUACCCAUUUAAUAAUAACGUUUAAAACUUUCAGACCUGCCGCUAUGGUAAUUGAAAGGUCAUUUGACCAGAGCAAAACAUGGCAGGUUUACAGAUAUUUCGCCGCGAACUGCUCAGAAAGUUUCCCGCAAGUCAAAGAAGGAACUGCCCAAGAAAUAACCGAUGUUAUAUGCGAAUCCCGUUAUUCCGGCGUGGCCCCGUCUACCGACGGUGAAAUAAUUUACAGAGUCCUGCCUCCUAAUCUUCCAAUAGACAAUCCCUACUCAGAGCAAGUGCAAGGUUUGCUUAAAAUAACAAAUUUGAGGAUAAAUUUCACGAAAUUGCACACUCUCGGAGACGAUCUCUUGGACAGACGCGAGGAAAUCCAAGAGAAGUACUACUACGCUAUCACUGAUAUGGUUGUGCGCGGAUCUUGCUCUUGUUACGGUCACGCCAAUCGAUGCCUUCCUCUGCCCGGUAUAGAUCCGAAGCCUGACAUGGUGCACGGCCGUUGCGAAUGCACGCACAACACCAAAGGACGGAACUGCGAAAAAUGCGAGGACUUCUUCAACGAUUUGCCCUGGAGGCCAGCCAUCGGGAAGCAAACCAACGCUUGCAAAAGAUGCAAUUGCAACAAUCACGCUACUAGUUGCCACUUCGACUCGGCCCUGUACGAAGCCACAGGGCACGUCAGCGGAGGAGUUUGCGACGGGUGCCAGGACAACACGAUGGGCCCCAACUGUGAACUUUGCAAGCCGUUCUUCUACAGGGACCCUCAGCGCGAUAUCCAAGACCCCGAAGUCUGCCGACCAUGCGAUUGCGAUCCCCGGGGCUCUCUUGAUAGCGGAAUUUGCGAUUCCGUUACCGAUCCUGUGAACAAUUUAACGGCGGGAUUUUGUCACUGCAAGGAUAACGUCGAAGGACGUCGAUGCGAUUCGUGCAAAAACGGCUUCUGGAACUUCACCGACUCGAACCCUCUGGGUUGCCAAAACUGCACCUGCCACACGCACGGUACGAUCGGAAACCAGGGCUGCAAUGUUUAUACCGGAGAAUGUACUUGCAAACGAUACGUGACUGGAAGAGACUGCAACCAAUGCUUGCCUCAGUAUUGGGGACUGUCGGAUAAAAGCGACGGUUGCCAACGGUGCAACUGCGAUCCCGGCGGCUCUUAUGACAAUUUCUGCGAUGUCAUAACAGGCAAUUGUAAGUGCAGAGAAUACAUGUGGGGCAGGGCUUGCGAUACGCCGAAACAGCAGUAUUUCACUGCGAGUCUCGAUUAUCUGCUUUACGAGGCCGAAGUUGCUAAAUCGAACGGGCAAGUAGUGAUCAGAGAACCGUACAGGGACGGACGGGAAAACACAUGGUCAGGAACUGGUUUUGUCAAAGCAUUCCAAGACGGAUACUUAGAAUUUCUCGUCAAUGACAUUAAGACCUCGAUGAAAUACGAUUUGAUUAUAAGAUACGAACCCAGCGUUCCCGAUGCUUGGGGAGAAGCUACUGUUACAGUAGUCAGACCCGACCGAGUUCCUUCAGGGCCAUGCGAAAACGUCGAUCCAAGAGAAGAUGUUAAAACUGUUCGUCUACCCCCAUCUGCUAGACACGUUGUAGCUUAUCCAUACGUUUGCCUUGAAGCCGGAAAAAACUACAAAGUCAUCAUCGAGUUCAAAACUUUAAAUGUCCAAAAGGAAGUACCGACUGCUUCAGUAUUAAUCGAUUCCAUUGUGCUAUUACCCAGAAUCGAGGACAUACCAUUUUUCCAAGGUUCCAUAGACGCUGAUAACAGGAGGCGCGAGUAUAACAGAUUGCACUGCAACGAUCCAGCUUAUUUAAGUCCAGGAAGCCAGGCCUCCGAAAUCUGCAAAAAGUACCAAGCCAGCAUAGGAGCUUACGUAUUUAACGGGGCAUUUUCUUGCCAAUGCGAUCCUCACGGUUCUGUGAGUAAACUUUGCGACCCUUACGGAGGAUUCUGUACUUGCAAACCGAAUGUAGUCGGGCGACGUUGCGACCGCUGCGCUCCGGGGACUUACGGUUUCAGUCCAGAUGGUUGCAAAUCUUGCGAUUGUAACAGCAUCGGAGCUUUAGACAAUUUCUGCAACGUCACGACUGGCCAGUGUAAAUGCAGGGCUAACACCUAUGGCAGGGAAUGUGAUCAGUGCAGGAUCGGCUCGUGGAACUUCCCUCACUGUGAAAGAUGCGAUUGCAACGGGCACGCCGACAUCUGCGAAGCGAAAACCGGAGUUUGCAUUAGCUGCAGGGAUAAUACUCAAGGGGACCAUUGCGAUUACUGCGUCGAUGGCUAUUACGGAGAUCCUAGAAUCGAUGUGGAUAUCCCUUGCAGGCCGUGCCCUUGUCCUGGACAUCUUGGUACAAAUCAUUCGCACGCAGAUCGUUGUAUACUGGAUUCCAUAACGAAGGACGUAAUUUGCGAGUGCCAAGAAGGUUACGCAGGAGCAAGAUGCGACAUAUGUUCUGACAAUUACUAUGGAAAUCCAGAACUGCCUGGGGGAAAAUGCCAAGAGUGCGAUUGUAACGAUAAAGUCGACCUUCUAGCGCCGGGAAAUUGCGAUCCUCACACAGGAAAAUGUCUUAGAUGUCUGUACGAUACUACGGGAGAUCAUUGUGAAGUGUGCAGGCCUGGAUUCUUUAGAUACGCCGAUGAUAAACCUUGCGAGGAAUGCGUGUGCCAUAUAUUAGGAACUAACAGCACAGCGGGUCAUUGUGAUCCUUACAGUGGACAAUGUAAGUGUCUUCCAAACGUAUCUGGUUUAAGAUGCGACGCUUGUAUUCCUAAUCAUUGGAAAAUAGCAAGCGGUGAAGGUUGCGAAGCCUGUGCUUGUGAUCCACUAGGAUCCCUUAGUCCGCAAUGUAACGAGUUUGAUGGACAAUGUAUGUGCAAGCCAGAAUUCGGAGGACGGCAAUGUAAUGAAUGUACACCAAGAUCAUGGGGUGAUCCUAAAGAACAAUGUUUCAAAUGCAGUUGUAAUCUUAGGGGUUCCAGAACAGAGCAGUGCAACAUGCAAACCGGAGCUUGUGUUUGUUUGGAAGGAGUGGGUGGAUACAAAUGCGACACUUGUGCUAGAGGUUACAUCGGAUCCGUACCAAAUUGCAUAUCCUGCGGAGAAUGCUUUGAUAACUGGGACAGAAUCCUACAGGAAGCCAAAAAUCAAACAUUAGACAUCAUCGACAGAGCCGGCGACAUAAAGAAGGUUGGAGCUACUGGUGCAUACUCCAGAGAGUUCGAUGAAAUGCAAAAUCAAUUGGACGAAAUAGAACUGCUUUUAAACACAACAGACGAAGUGGAUGUUGAUGAAAUCGAAGACGAACUUCAACAAAUACGCGACAAAAUCAACAAAACGGAAUUCGAAAAAUUAAACAAACUGGACGAUGAACUCGACGAUAACAAACAGCAAGUAUCCCUGAACGAAGUCAAACUAAACGAAUUAACCAAUUCAUUGAACGAAUUGAAACAACAAAUUAAAAAUUUGGAGAACAACGGAACCAAAUUGCAAGAAGCAAACGUUCAAGGGGCAUUAGUUCUCAUUGGAAACGCUAAGGAAAAAUCUGAUAAAGCCGUGCAGAAAGCAGAAGAAUCGCAAGAAGACGUCAAAUAUGCUGAAACACAAUGCACAGCUACAGCGAACUUCCUGAACAACACCGAGAAAUUAUACAAAAAACAUUCGGAAGAAAACGAGAGAGAGUUGCAGAACAUCACCGCAAAAAUAGCGGAACUCAACAGCCAGAUUCCCGAUUUGAACCAUUUAGUGUGCGAUGGCAGAGGAGACCCUUGCGAUGAAAUAUGCGGUGGCGCCGAUUGUGAAAACGGUUGCGGUAAUUCCAUCACUUGCACCAACGGUGCUAAACAACAAGCUGCCACGGCCAUUAGAAACGCCAACGAUACUGAAAUUGUACUUAGAAAUAAAGAGGGUUUAGCCAACGAAUUCAUAAGAAAUGUAUCGCAAAUCAAUACCAACGAAACUAGAAAUCUAGCCAAGGAGACUUUGGAUAAAAUCUUCGAGGAGUUAACGAGCGCGAAUAAAUCCUUGAAAGACAUGAACGACAUGCGGAACGAAAUGAGAGACUUCAUGGGACAAAACAAAUCGAAACCCGCGGAUAUUAAAAAAUUAGCGGAAGAGAUAUUGAAGAAAAACGUACAAAAAACUCCCAAAGAAGUUCGAGAACUUGCUGAAAACAUCAAAAAUGCAAUUGACAGAUUGACAAAUACAGACUACAUCAUCGAAGACACCAAAGCAGAUUUACAAAAAGUUAACCAACUAAAAGAACACGCUAAAAUUGCCAGGUCAAAUGCAACAAAACUUCUUAAAGAAGCUGAAGAUGUUAACACUGUAUUAAACAAAACGCAAGACGCUCAAAAAGAAGCUGAAGCAGCAAUCAAAAAAGCUUGGGAUGAUUACCGAAUGGUGGAAGAAAUUUUAGACAUGAUUGGUAAUAAAACGGAAUCUGCGCAAGAUGUGACCAAUCAAAUAAACAUCAACAUACAUUCUUUAAGAGACAAACUAACCGAUUUGCAAAGGAACAUUACAGACAAUGGAAUAUUUGCAAACAGGGUGAUCGAAGAAUCGGUGAAAAUAAAAAAGAAUGCCCAUAAGACGAAAGAAGAAUCGGGCGUUUUGCAAGAUAAAUACAACAAGGCGACCAAUGAAUUGGAUGAAAAAUUAAACAACGUCAGAGCAACAAAGGAACGAGCUAAUGAAUUGUACAAGAAGUCACUUAAUUUAGUUGCAAAAGUAACGAAAACUCAAGAAGAAAUCGAAAACUUAGAAAAUAGUGGACAAUUAAGCGAUUUAGAAUCUCUUGAAAGACAGUUACAGAAUCUCAUAAAGAAAAUGAACGAUUACACUAGAAAACUUGACGAUAAAAUGCAGUAUUAUAAAAACUGCAAUUAG